AUGGAUGCAGUUACGCGAACGACGACGGCGCAGCUAGACGAGGGAGGAGGAAGGACGUCGCUGGCGGUUGAGGCUGAAAUAGAGGAGGUUGGCGCAUUCGAGUCACUUUCCAUGGCCGAGUGGCUGGGGGUGGCAGUUCCUAAAGUGUCCAUUGGACUUUCGGUAGAAGAGAAGAAAAAGUAUUUAAAGAAAAAUGGGCGCUGA